AUGACAACACCGAAGAGAUCAGUGGAGCGAUGGACCGAUGAUAAUGUUUCGGCGCUUCUAGAUAUCUACGCGGACGACGCGAUCCAGGCACUUCAGCUCAAGGCAGUUUCCAACGCGAAAAUGUAUGAGUGCAUUUCGCAGGAGUUAGCGGCCAUCGGGAUCAUUCACGGCGCUAAAUCAUGCCGGGACAAGAUCAAGAAGCUAAAGCAGGACUUCAAAAAACUAAAGGACCACAACAACAAGAGUGGUAACGGUCGGAAAACCAGCAAGUGGUAUGAUCGUUUGAACGCUUUGCUUGGCCACAGACCGUCAUUCCGCGGCACCGCGGAGACCAUCGACUCGAGCACGGCGGCGUGGGAGGAUGCAAUGGUGGGGGAAUUGUCCAAGCACGACGACGACGAAUUAGGCAACGUGGUGUUUCCCCUGGAAUUGGAAAUCAGUGAGAUUUCCCCUCCGGAAAUCCACGGUAGUGCCUCCUCAUCUCCCGUUCCAACAACCAAACGCAAAGGAAAGAGGACACGGGAUGACCGCUUCCUGGACACCAUCACGGCGAUGGAUGACCGGCGUGCCUUGGCCAGCACGGAAAAUGAGGACCGGCAUGCCAUGGCCAACAAGGAGAUGCACGACGAACGGCUGCUGCAUGAACACAAGGCCCAGGAAUCGCAGGACCAGCUCUUAAAGGUGAUGGCUGACUCGGCGGCGCGCCAGCUGUCCUACGACGAAACAUGUCCAGAGCGUGUGCUUGUCACCGUCCAGUCCUUUUGUUAA